UUUUGAGAAAAGAAAAGGGAAAGCAAAAUAGGUAGACGACGAGGAAACUAGUGGUUUUUUGCGGAAGAUCGAACUAAAAAAUAAAUAAUUUUUCAUUCAAAAAUUACAAAAAAAAAGUAAAUCAUCUUCCCAACAAAAUUGACAAAAUGACUAUCUUAAGUUAUGUUUUUGCACCAAAAUUAUUUAUGGAAUAUGGAAUGGGUUCUCUUCAGAAAAUGUACGAACCUGGAGGCUUGGAAAAAUUCGGAGAUCAAAUUCUUUCUACUCUUUCCAUGAUGUGGAACAUUGGAUAUUAUUCAUCACCACUUAUCGUUACAUUCCUGUAUCGUCGUGGUUAUCUUGUUGCCGAUUCAAUUUCUUCAUUGGCUAAAUUCACUACAAGUAUUGGUAUCAUUGUAGUUUUGUCCAUGUGCAUGCGAGGCAUUGGCAGGUCACAGUCUCGUUCGUACAAUAAAUUGGUCAAAGCACUGGAACAAGCUAAAUCAUCAAAUAAUUCGGAAGAUGCCAAAAAAUCGUUGAGAUUAUUUGAUUUUGACUUUAAACAUUGGACUGUUGAUUUUGAUGUUCUUAAUCUUCAAUAUGGUGAUGAUGGUAAGAAAAUAUCAACAGCUGCCUCAAAGAGGGCUCCACGUCAGAAGCCUUUUUGGUUUUCAUCUUUGCCCUGUGAAAUUGCAGCUUAUAUUGCAAUUCAUACUUUCGGCAUAAGGAUGAUCUAUCCUGGUUCAGUUAAGCUAUUGCAAAGCUAUUUGAGGCCAAUGUUAGUUGCUGGUCGGGCAAAACUUAUCGAAGAGGAACAUGGAAUGCGUUACAAGGUUAAAACUGUAGAUCGCAAUGACAUUGAUACUGUAUUUGUAGAUAAUCGUAAUAAGAGUACAAAUGGCAAGACCAUUGUUAUAUGCUCGGAAGGAAAUGCUGGAUUUUAUGAAAUUGGCAUUAUGGCUACACCAUUGUCACUUAAAUAUUCAGUUUUGGGUUGGAAUCAUCCUGGCUUUGAAGGAAGCACUGGACAACCUUUCCCUGAACAAGACAAAAAUGCCAUCGAUGCAGUUGUUCAAUUUGCUAUACAUAAAUUGGGAUUCGCUGUUGAAAAUAUUUUAUUCUUUGGCUGGAGCAUUGGUGGAUACAGUUCGAUUUAUGCCGCUACUCAGUACCCAGAGAUUAAAGGAAUCAUUUUGGAUGCUACAUUUGAUGAUGUGCUACACCUUGCUACACCCCGCAUGCCUGCUAGUCUUUCAGGUAUUGUAAGACUUGCCAUUCGAGAAUAUGUUAAUUUGCAUAAUUCUGAAAUGUUAAUGGAUUACGGUGGUCCAGUUUUACUUAUUCGUCGUACUGAAGACGAAAUUAUUGCAGAAGACAAUCGCAUUGAGACAAAUCGUGGAAACUUCUUACUUCUUGGUUUAUUAAAAUAUCGUUAUCCAAAUAUCUUUCAAUCCCAACAAUUAACCAGGGUUAAGAAUUUACUAACAAAACCUAUUGAUUCAAAUGCCAAUGCGAGUAAUGAUGAUGUAUGUAUGAGUCGUUUAAUAACCUACGCUUCUGAUAAGGGAAAAACUUUUCCCAUGGCAAUUGGUGAAGAUUACAGUGCCGAAGUCCGUACUCAAAUGGCUGAAUUUUUGUUGAAAAAGCAUUUCCGAGAUUACAAAUCAACACAUUGCACACCUCUACCCGAUGAUUACUUUACCAUUCCAUGGGACAUUCCUACUGAAAAUGGGUUUGUCUUUACCUAAACUCUAUACUGUCCAAGAAUAUAUAAAUAUUGAACUUACAAAAUGAACAUUUAAAAUGGGCUGGAUACACAUAAAAAAGUGUUUGUUUGGGCACUUUACAAAAAAAUGAUUAUUUAUUUAGAUAUAGAAAAAAAAACCUUAAAUAAAAUACAA